AGAGAUUUCAUCCGAAGCAGGGCGCGAGCCCCACAACCUCCUCCUCCCUCCAUAUCCCCCAGAUCGUCUUCUCCGAUCGAAUGCUUCCUCUGGUGAAUCGCUACUCAAAGAGGGAUUAGUUGUUCGCGGAGAGGCAAUGCAGGAAGCUCUCCUACCUCCGGCCCAUCCCGACCGCUUCUACUCGGCCUUGGGCCCCAUGGCGUUCGGCGGCGUAGAUCAACGGUUCUCCUCGCCUAACCCGCUGACUAGCGGUGAGGAUCUCUUCUACGGCUGCUACUCCCCCUUCAGCCCCUCGCCGCCGCCACGCGCCGCCUCGCUCUCCCACUGCUCGUCCUCCUCCGACUCCGUCAUCGACGACGUAGAUGACGCGGCGGCGACCGAGCACCGCCUCCACCUCACCCGCCUCGCGCUCCAGUACCAGGAGGUGGCCAACCGCUUCGAGCUCUGCCUCUCCCACCUCGCCGACGCCGCGGAUGAGGCGGCCGCACUCCGUCGGGAGAAUGCCGAGCUCCGCGUCGCCAAUAACAACCUCGCGUGCCGCAUCGCCAAGUUUGGCGGGAUGCAGGGCUCCGCCAUCACCCUCGCCGGUGACCUCCGCCGCCUCCGCCUCGCCGAGGAGCAGACCGUGCCAGUUCUUCCUCCUCCUCCUCCUCCGCCGUCGCCGCCUGCCGCCGCACUGAUGCAUCCCGUCGCCGUCCCCGAGAAGCAGGCGGUUCUGCCGAAGAGCAUCUCCAUCCGUUCGACCGGCUACCAGAAGCUGAACCAGGGCGGCAAGCAUCGCGUGUCGAAGCCGCUGAACGUAAGCUCGGUGAAACCAAAUCCCCCCAAAUCCUCCAUUGUGUCUGGAUCACACUCUUGCAGUGCACUGACUCCAGUGCUCAAUCCAAAAUCCUCAAUCCUUACUAGUAUGAUGUUCACGAUGCGACAAUGCAAGCAGCAGCGCGUGUUCGUGGGCAUUGACGGCGCGGAGGGAGGGGAGCACAAGGGUGGGGUGAAGGAGGACCCGCCCAUGGGUGGGCUGGAGUUCGAGGUGUACAACCAGGGCAUGUUCAAGACGGAGCUGUGCAACAAAUGGGAGGAGACCGGGGCGUGCCCCUAUGGCGACCAGUGCCAGUUCGCGCACGGCGUCGCGGAGCUCCGCCCCGUCAUCCGCCACCCUCGCUACAAGACCGAGGUCUGCCGCAUGGUGCUCUCCGGUGGUGUCUGUCCCUACGGCCACCGCUGCCACUUCCGCCACUCCAUCACCCCCGCCGACCGCUUCUCCUUCCGCCGUUGAUCAUACAUGUCAGUCCAUCACCGACUGCUAAUCUCACUCCCUCUGUCUCCCUAUCUUCAACAAUGACACAUGAAAAGAGGGAAAAAGGAAAGCCGUAAAUAAGGUAUAUUUAGUUGCACAAAGCAAACGAGAACUGAGUUAUACAUUUAGCACACAGGCGAAAUGUGAAUAUAUAGAGAGUUCUAGGUAUUAAGUUGUGGUCAAAUAUGUGAGUUAUUACAUUGGGAGUUAUUUGUCCUAUGGUUUAUAUCGUUAUAGGUUAUCAUGUUCUUGUUUGCUAGUUGCGUUUUGAGCAAACCAGGUGACAAAUUGCUGGACUCAUGUAAGUAAGACUGUUAUUUGCAUAUUUGAUUGAUGUCUUGAACACUUGUACGCUAUGAAAGUGCCUGAAUGUAGUUAUUU